UUGAAGCAUGGCAGACUCUCGACAAAGUGGAAACCGAUUUUGCAUGAAGGACAUGCUCAUUUCUGCGGGAUAGCAGUUAGCCUGCAGUAUUGGCUAUAAGCGGGGUCGUCUUCGGGUAAUGUCGGAACAAGCAGUUAUUCAUUACACAGCCGAUGCUGCAAACGCCUUAACCAACAAGUGAAUUGUAGAAGAGCCACAGACUGCCCAAACCAUGGGGUCCUUUGCUGGACACGCCCUGCCCGGCACUUUCCUCUUCAUCCUGGGAACGUGGUGGGCCUAUGGCGCCUGGCGCAACUACGUCCGCAGCCGGGAACACAAGCGGCGGUACACGUGCCGAGCCUGGUAAGAAAUGCCGUGCGCUACCCGGCGCAUCUGCUUCGAAGGCAUCGCCAAAAUCGUUACCUGUUCCAUCGGCGUCAUGGGCGAGGUGGCGAAGGCAUUCGAGCACGGUCACUUCACCGAGAUGGGCAACGCCCAGCACGUCUCCAUGUACCUCUUCUACCUGCUCAGCGGACUCGUGGACGUCAUGACAAACUGCGGCUUUCCAUUCCCGCCUCACACAGACUACGUCACGCUCCUGCUGGCCGUCACUGUAGAGGGCCUUCUGUUCUACUUCCACCUGCACGGUAGGCCCCACCUGGACGUACUUGUCCACACGCUUCUGGUCUACACCGUGGCGGCCGAGGCGGCCUGUAUCAUAGCCGAGAUGUGCCGUCCACGGAGCGUUUUCGCGUCCCUAGGUCGGGCCUACUUUUGCCUCUUGCAGGCGACGUGGUUCUGGCAGGUCGGUUUCAUCCUGUACAGCCCUCUCCCGGCACAUCCUGCCUGGGACGUCCACAGCCACAUGGACAUGAUGCUCGCGGCCAGCGUGUUCACGUGGCACAUGAUGGCUUUGCUGCUGUACAUUGGUGCACUGGGAUUCGUAGCCUGCGCUGCGUACCGGAUGUGCGGCCGGUGCAGCGAUGAUGCUUCAGCGGGGGCGCAGGAAGCCGGUGACUCGGGGUACAAGCUGGUGUCCGGAUCAGAGCUGAAACUGUCGGGCCAGGAGGCAUGCGCUGGAGACGGUGGGCUGCUUAUUCACUCGGCAUUCAGUGACUAUAGUAACGACGAUGCAUUCUACUCGUGAGCUGUUUUGAACGAGCUGAUAGAAAGAACAAAUAUGAUGGGAGGAGCUUAGAAGAAGGAAUCCGAUGUGUCAUAGGAGUUAAGGGCAGCAUACUUCCUUACGAAAAUCUUACGUCAUGACAAUCUAACAAGAGAGAUGUGACAUGAGACCUAAAGUGAUGGAACAGUUUAUGAACCACUACUUUUGAACACUUAAUUUGUUUCUUUCUGUUUGUGUUUGUGCUGCUGCGAGUUCGUAGUGUACGUUUCUCUGUGAAGUACAGUAUUCAUCCACUUGUGUUACGUUAUGUUGAAAUUGUCGAUGCUCUACUUAGUGCCAUGAUUUUUCCAGAUUGCCUGUCGUUGACGCUUUCACAGGGCGAAAAAGCCAAACCAGCUGGGUAUUAUUGAAACACACGGAGACCUCAGACAUUUUAGUAAGAACACAAUAUUCAGAAUGCUCCGCAUUAUGCGCAAAUAAAGUUUUCUCUCUCUCUCUUAACACAAUCAUCAAACGUGCAUGGUCUAUCUUAAUUACGCUGCUGAAUCUCGUGAAAAUCCAUCGACAUCGCUCGAAGUAAUCUUUGCAAUUUUAAAAGCCUAACUAUAAGAUUAAACACGCCGAAAUGAUAUUCUAACCAAAAUAAUAGCCUUACAGUCAAAAGUGGGCUCGUAUGCCAUCCAGCAGACAAUGCGUAGGAACAGAUGGAACGCCAACUCUCUUGCGUCAAAGCAUUUCGUCUGUUAUGCGAUUGACCUAUUAUUGUGAUAACGUUGACGAGACAAUUGGCGGUACCGUCGUGAACGAAAAAUGCCCGCCUGAAAGGAUGUUGCAAAAUCAGGCGGAGCUGUUCAGUUUGAAGCGCGGCAGACUCUCGACAAAGCGGAAACCGAUUUUGCAUGAAGGACACGCGCAUUUCUUCAGGCAGUAUUGGCAAUAAACAGGGUCGUCUCCGUCUAACGUCGGCAGAAGAAGUUAUUCAUUACACAGCCGAUGUUGCAAGCGCCUUGACCGCAAGUGGUAUGUUCAUAGCAUAGUCAUUUGAUUGUUCUCCACCCCCAUAUUGCUUAGCACUAGAGCCAACGUUAUGCAAUAACCACAAAACAUUUUUCGGUAACCAAUGCUUAAUGUAUAGAACUCUGACGAAGACAUGUAGUAGCAUAGAGUCAAUAGCUAGCAUUGAAAGAAAGCGAUGCAAGCCGCAAACUAAACUAAUUACCUUCGAUUUCGUCAUUAGAAUGCCGUAUAUGCUAAGCGGCCAGGCCCCCGCUGGGAAUAUGCAUGUGUACUAUUCAAAGGAGACCUCAUGGCAGCACAUAAAAAUCAUUACCUUUCGAUUGAGUCAUUACACCCAAUGAUAUUUAUUAAAAAAUACACUAAAAGCUCAACAAUUUGUAUUUCGCGGUACCUGAAAAGUGUUCGAAUUAGCCGAACGUCAAAAUAUUGGAAGUA